UAAUAUUAAUAAAUAUGAUUGCGUGAACGUUGCUCGCGACACAUUCCAUCAUAGUUUUAGUUUAUAAUAAAGCCUUCAUUAAUACACGCGACUUAUAUUAGAUUUGUGUUUUUUCAUUUUCUACUUUCAAUCACAGAAAUGGCGAUUGCUCAGUUAGCAGAUAUAUUAACGUUACGGAAUGACGUAUUUAAAGCGUAUUUAUUUUGGUCAGCGGUAUUAGUUUUAAAAAUGCUGGCCAUGUCAUGGCUAACAGCUGUACAACGUGUCGCCACAAACACUUUUGCUAAUGCCGAGGAUUGUUUUAGACGCAAGGACAAAGUUAAAUAUGAUGAGGCCAGAGUGGAACGUGUACGACGGGCUCAUCGGAAUGACAUGGAAAAUAUAUUACCUUUCUUCAUAAUUGGCUUUUUAUAUGUGUUAACGGAUCCGUCUAAAUUUUUGGCUAUUAAUUUGUUUCGCAUCGUAGCUUUCGGACGCUUAAUUCAUACACUGGUCUAUGCCGUCGUUUGUGUCCCGCAGCCAGCACGCGCUCUCUCAUUUGCUGUAGCUCACCUAUCAACAGCAUAUAUGGCCUAUCACGUAUUACUUUACGCAUCUUAAAAGUACUUAAUUGAACAAAUGACAAUCUGAAGGAUAAUAUUCGUCAGACGAAACUGGAUUGUGACUUUAUCUUUCGCUGACAUUUCUUUAAAAUUUACUCAUCAAUAUUAAGUGGAAAUAUGUAAUUUAAACUGUAUUUGCAUAAUGUAUAAUGUAUCUCCCUCACACCAUCUUACCGUCAUUUAAAGACGAAAAAAAUUCUCUCUUCAUAAAAAGUAAGUUUUUUUUUUCAUUAACAUAGCAAACGCUUUAAGAUAUAUUUUGUGACCGGACUGAGGAGAGAUAUCGAAUUCACGUAAGAGAUCCAUAAAUCCACUAAUAUAAUCGAGACACUGGCUAAACAGUUAUUCGUUUAGAAAAUUUUUACUG